AUGUCGGAGAAGUGUGGAGAGAGUGAAGGCGCCCAGUCGGCCGACACGGUGACAGUCAGCCAUGUCCAGGAGCUGAUGCGGCGCAAGGAGGAGAUCGAGGCGCAGAUCAAGGCCAAUUAUGAUGUGCUGGAGAGCCAAAAAGGAGUUGGGAUGAAUGAGCCCCUGGUGGACUGUGAAGAUUAUCCCCGCUCAGAUGUGGACCUGUACCAAGUCCGAACUGCACGGCACAACAUCGUCUGCUUGCAGAACGAUCACAAGGCGGUGAUGAAGCAGGUGGAGGAAGCCUUGCACCAGCUGCAUGCUCGGGACAAGAAGAAGCAGGCUCGGGACUUGGCAGAGGCCCAGAAUGAGGCCCUGAGGCGUGGGUCGGAGCCGAGCCCAAGUGGGAGUCCCCAGCCCCCUCAGGCCUUCGCCAAAGUCAACAGCAUCAGCCCUGGCUCCCCCGCCAGCACUGCAGGUCUGCAGGUGGAUGACGAGAUUGUGGAGUUUGGCUCUGUCAAUUCCCAGAACUUCCAGUCGCUGCAGAAUGUGGGCAGUGUGGUGCAGCACAGUGAGGGGAAGCCGCUGAAUGUGACUGUCAUCCGAAGAGGGGAGAGACACCAACUUAGACUUGUCCCAACUCGCUGGGCUGGGAAAGGGCUGCUGGGCUGCAACAUUAUUCCUUUGCAAAGAUGA